UGGAGGCGCUAUAAACAACACAAGCAGCAGACAAGUUCAAGUCGCCAGCCAGUGUGCGUUUGUCUUCCACCAAGUCAUCUGCUCUUCCAGCAAUGGCCCUGCUGAAAUCCACCAAGAUUUUGACUAGUGUCGGGGCUCAGGCCCCUGUUUUAGCAGUCCUACAGCUCCGUGCAAGCUCAUGGUGGACUGAGGUGCAGAUGGGACCCCCUGAUCCCAUCUUGGGCGUCACAGAGGCUUUCAAGCGUGACACCAACACCAAGAAGAUGAACCUCGGAGUAGGGGCUUAUAGAGACGAUCAGGGCAAGCCGUUUGUUCUGAACUGUGUUCGAAAGGCUGAGGCCCAGAUUGCUGCUAAGAAGUUGGAUAAAGAGUACCUUCCUAUUGGAGGGUUGGCAGAAUUUUCAAAGGCCUGCGCUCAGCUGGCUCUUGGACCUGAUAAUGAUGUGUUAAAGAGCGGAAGAAGCAUCACCGUCCAGACUAUCUCAGGAACUGGAUCUCUAGGCGUUGGUGCUAACUUUGUGUCACGAUUCCACAAUGCGUCUCGGGACGUUUACCUGCCUAAACCCUCCUGGGGAAACCACACCCCCAUCUUCAGAGAUGCAGGCAUGCAGCUAAAGGCCUACUCCUACUAUGACCCCAAAACCUGUGGCUUUGACUUUAAAGGAGCCUUGGAUGAUAUUUCAAAAAUCCCUGAGAAGAGUGUGAUUGUUCUGCACGCUUGUGCUCAUAAUCCCACCGGAGUAGACCCAAAGCCCGAGCAGUGGAAGGAGAUGGCCGCUCUGAUCAAGAAAAGAAAUCUCCUGGUGUUCUUUGACAUGGCCUACCAGGGAUUUGCCAGUGGUGACAUUGAUCGUGACGCUUGGGCUGUGCGUUAUUUCAUUGAGCAGGGGCACAACGUUCUUCUGUCCCAGUCUUUUGCUAAGAACAUGGGCCUGUAUGGUGAGCGCGUAGGGGGCUUCACAGUGGUCUGUAAGGAUGCUGAAGAGGCUAAGCGUGUAGAAUCCCAGCUGAAAAUUCUCAUACGGCCCAUCUACUCCAACCCCCCAAUGAAUGGAGCUCGUAUCGCCUCCACCAUUCUCAGCACGCCUGAACUCUACAAAGAAUGGCUCGUAGAGGUGAAAGGCAUGGCCGACCGCAUCAUUAAGAUGAGGGAGAUGCUUGUGUCGAACCUGAAGAAGGAGGGCUCCACUCACAACUGGCAGCAUGUCACUGACCAGAUCGGAAUGUUCUGCUUUACGGGACUCAAACCGGAGCAGGUGGAGCGUCUGAUUAACGAAUUCUCUAUAUACAUGACAAAAGACGGCCGGAUCUCUGUGGCUGGUGUGACGUCUGCAAACGUGGGAUAUCUAGCACACGCCAUCCACGCCGUUACCAAGUGAAGCUGGCGCUAGACACUGUAGUUGCAGCAGAAUAAGAGCAAUAAAAGCAAUUUAGGUGAUUUAACUCUUCUGCUGCAUGUCUUUUAGGACCAGACUAAUGUAGACUUCCAGUUCACUUGAUUUGGUAUUAUUAAUGUUAAUUCAUGACUCUAAAUGUUAGCCCCUCAAUGAAUUAAGGCAGGAUUCUUUCUUUCAAACAAGCUUUAAAAAAAAUUUUAUGAUUUCUGAUAAGAAUGGGUUUUGGUUUUGUCUUUUACAUGAUACAAAAUUUUCUGAUAGAACAGUUAAGGACACUCAUGCUUUAAGUUAGAGAAGUCAUUGGAAGAAGUAAACCAGAUUUCAUUCUUAGACAUUAAUUGCAAAAUCUUUGAAGGGCUGUAACAAGUUUACUAUGGUCAUAUCACCUAGAGGAGCAUAAACAAUUAUACUUAUCAAACUGAUGAUUCGGCCUCAAAGGUCUUCUUGAGCCGUAACACACGUUUAUGGCUUUAAGGCACUUUAUUCUAUACUGCGGCACAAGCUCAUUACUAGUAAUGAUAGAUUGACCAUAAUGCCUGCACAACACGUGUUCUGGUGGGAUUUAAUAUACUUUUAUCUUGCACUUUUGUCUAGCGUUUUCAAGUGUUGCACACAAAUAAUUUCAUAAAUUAGGCAUUGUGUGAAUGACUUUGUGUGUUGUCCUGCCCAUUAAACUCAUAUGUUAAACAUUAAGCAUUAAAGAAAAAAGAAAUCGUCACUGCACUCGUGGGCAAAUUCGAAUUAAGAUUCAUUUUGGAAUGAAAGCUGAAAGUAUAACUGAUAUUUCAGUGGUUUAUUGAUGCUUUAAGAAAAGCUUUACUAGUUUAGUGUGGAUGUUGAUAAUGUUGAAGAUGCCAUGUUUGGAUUAUUCAGUUUUUUAAAAAACUGCUCAGAUAUAUGUAUAAUUUGUAUAACUAAUUAUUGUGCUCCAAUUUAUGAAAUUUCUCCCAAAGUUCUCCGGAACAGACGUCAAAGUGUCACGUGAUACUGUGUGACUUUAAACAAUGAACAAAAAGAAUAAAGGUGAGCUCAACGGUU